GCGCCUUUCGACUCGCUGGAAUUUAGAGGCUGGCGCCUCCACGUGAUUAGCCAGUCCGCUCCCUGGCUAGAGACUCCUGUUGCAUCUCCCUUGUCAGACCUUCUCAAAUCGUUCGUCGCUGGUGGGCCGCUGGCGCACCUCAGCCUCGUCUCUCCAAUCGUCGCCGUGCGCUCGACUUACAUCCUCCCUACAGCGUCGAGCGCUGUCUCGCCAGGCUUUUUGGCGCGGGCCGUCUGGCUAGCAGCAACACCAGCAGCAGCUUCUGUGCCGGAAAGCUGGCUCGCCCUCCUCAGCUUCAAAGGCAACUCACUCUGCGCAUUAACCCAUCUCAUUCAAGCCAAUGCCGAGGUCACGCAGAGGAGCCGCAAAGAAGUCCAAGAAUCGCAAACCGCCCGCUGACCAGGACCUAGGCUGGUACACCAUCAGGCGUAUCCUUGAUGAAAAGACCGUGAGAGGCCGUGUUCAAUAUUUUGUCGAAUGGGACGAUAACGCCGUCACCGGACAAGUAUAUGAUCCUACCUGGAGCUCUGAAGUCACAGCUUUGGCCCUACAGGAAUGGGAACGGGUCAAAGCUCAGCGUCUUCAAAAGGACCGCCAGGAACAACAGCUCAUUGACCAGCAGCUUGAACAGCAGCUUCAGCCAGAACCAGGAUCAGACUCAGAGCCUGAGUCAGGCCUGAAGGAACGGCAAGGCCAGCAGUUACCAGUGCAGCUGCCAAACCACCAGGGACAGAAAGUACAACAGGAAUCCACGUUAGAUCAAGAGAGUGACGCGAGCCAACCGCCGCGACCUGCUCACCGGCGUCGCCCAGUGAAGGUCAACGCAUCACAGCAGAAGCGCCAACGCUCACCCUCUGUAGCUUCAUCUUCUUCCGACUCAUCUUCUACCCGCCCUCAUAAAGUUAUUAGAAGCGACACCUGCGGAUCUUUGUGCGACGAGCCCGGACCGUCUCUUGUCUCUUCGCCUUCAAUCUCUACCCCCUCCGAAUUUCCAGACCUACCUGACGCAGACAUCUCAGGAUAUCGCACACGAGCUACUUCCGCUCUGGUAGUGGAGAUUCCCAAGAACUCAAAUAUCAACCGGGCUGAUUAUCUGAGUGUUCUUGGCUCGCAAUCGAGUAGCAAAUCCUCACAGUCGCUUGCCGAACUUGAGAGCGAGGAUAGUCGUGUCUCCAUUGUACCAAACAAUCAAAGAACCGUUCCGGGCUCCCAGGAAGGUACAAAUCCAUCCUGGACUCAAAUCCAUAUUCCAAGGGAAUUGCUACAGUUAUCUCCUAGGUUAAUCGAAUCUCAGCCUCGAGACUGUUCACCCGAGUCAAGUUCUCGUGUCAUUCCAGAUUCCCUUGAAGAUCCUUCGACGACGACAUCCCAGCUGUCUGGUAAGGCAACUGAGAGGAAAGCAUCUGAGAAUUUCAUUCAAACGCUUCAUGAUACUGUUGGCUCAGACAUCCCUUCUCAUCAGCCUGACCGACCAGGAGACAUCCCAGAAGCAAACAGCCCUGCUCUAUCUCCAUCUCUAUCACACGGCACACCUGCCGCGUGCGCAUCGCAAGCCGUAAUAUCAUCGGGGUCAUCUGUACUUGUCUUCACACAAUCAGACGCAAGCCCAAGGUUUCUUACCCAACCACCAAUCUCACUUGCCUUGGAGCACCUAGAGAACUCUUUAACUAGCCGAAUCUUCGAAUCACCUGCUCAUCCUGUCGCAGAGAUUGUAUCUACCAUCAGCUCUAGCACUCCAUCUGCGUCAGACCCAAGGGCAUCUCAAGCUGCUCAAAUAGUUUCUCGCAACUUUGAAAUACCGUCUCAGCCUCUUACAGAAGGCGAGUCUUUGAGAAGUCUGCCCCAAUCCCAAAUCACACCCCAUCAGCCCAUCAACGCGGGGGAUCAAAGCCUUGUCUCGACUUCAGCUUGCCAAUCAAAGACUGCCAAGUCUCCGCCGCCACUAUUAGUACCAGAAAUCAGCCGCCUAGCAGCGGUUGCAAUUCCACAGAUUAAGCCACUCACCCCCCUAAAUUCUUUCAAAGUCCGCAAGAUGGAGAACGAAACUCCCGAGCAAGCUUCCGAAAGGAUACAGCGCAGAUUAGAUGCAGAGCUCUCUGCAAUUUUUCGCCUAGAUGAGUUUGACGUCGGGGCUACUACUGCAUCAUACAAUGUCGAUCAACCAGAAUCGCAUCAGACGCAACCUAAUCAGCCUUCAACGGGAGCGUUAGAAGAGCAUGUUACGCCAGUCAAGGAAGGCACAAGGAACACUCAUGCUGAGCUACCUGUGCACUCGUCUGAACUACCCCUUGGUGUGGGACCGCUUCCUAUUAAAGAAAAGGCGCCUUCUGAGAAUGUAGAAGCAGCAGCCGAGGGGACAGCACACGAUAAGGACAGUACUCCUGUUAUAGCAUCUAGAUCACGGCCCCCAAUUCCCCGAAGAUCCGUUGCCGAAGAAUUGGCCGAUAUAUUUAGCCCAGUCUUUGGCGGAUCUGGGUCGGGGCAACCGCAGUCUAUCGCCGAAUCUGUACAGGCAGAACCCAUAGAAGCAGAGCAAACUACAGUCUCCCUUGCGGACAUAAGUCGCCAACCGGAACCGGCUUACAAAGACAUCCCUCUGCUAUCUUUCACUCAUCCCAGUGAACCUCUCAUGCAGGAGCCUUCCUCAGAUCCGAUACAUUCUGAGCAGGUUCAUAGCGAACACAGCCCUACCGAAUCAUCGGCAUCUCCUCCUGCAGCACAGCCUUCGCCAGCUACGCUUCAACACUAUACAGUGACACUCCCAUUCCAAGCAAGCCUUCGCCAGAGGUAUAACAACAUAAUAGUUGAGUACAGGGUCCCUUUCUUGGAGUUUAACAGGUGUUUCAGCGGUGAAGACUACUCAGAGCCGGAUCCAUCGCUAGUUAAUCGUAUCAACGAGCUAUUCAAUAACUUGUUGAACGUGUGUGAUUACCCUGAGAACAUUGUGGGAAGCGACCUUGAAAUGCUACCUCCAGGACAGCAAGCUAAAUAUUGCUGCGAUGCUAACCCAAAGUUCAACUUCAUAUUUGAACUCUUGGGUGGAAUUGAGGAUCAUUCCAACAUUCUAAUCGUCGCUCGCUCACCAGAACUCCUUCGGCUCCUUUCUCACUUGGCUGAGUCCCUCAAGAUGCAAUUCAGUUGUGAAGCCAUUGGCAGAUCAGAUCUCUCGUCUGGUGGCUCAAGUUCUAGACUCGUCCUAGCGCUGCCAACUGAAGACAUUGAUACUCGAGAUUUUGAUGUCGUGAUCGGAUACGACCACUCUUUUAGGCACUCUUCUGUCGCACAAGGGCUAUCGAGAAGCCCUAGUACCAAUAGACGACAGCUUGUCUUGGUCCUGGUUACAACUCAUUCAAUUGAGCAUCUCGAUCUCCACAUACCAGAUGAUUUGCCUCCAAUAGAGCGAAAAAGCGUCUUAGUCUCAGCGAUCGUACGCGCUUGGAAUCUGGUGGAGAGUCCUAACCACGGCUACCAAGAACCACAUGAGAUUGCUUCUCUGUUCAUAGAAUUCCUAGCAAGCGAUCAAGAUACGCCGAUGUGGGAUCCAAUACCUGUCCCAGAGGCCAUCCUUGACGUUUAUGUACAUUCUCAGUCACAGUCACAGAUGCCACCAACAGUCUCACAGCAAGAACGGGAAACUGGUCGAAAACGCAAACAUAAUGACUUUGAUGACUUUGACAACAAGAGACCACGAGUACUCUCUAUUGGGCAAAUGGUUUCUUCAAUUGGAACGGGCAUGCCUCCUUUAUCUGACGAAGUAAAAGCUUUAUUAGAAAGCGCCACACCAAAAGAGGAUACCUCUCGCCCAGAGGUACUGGUUAAUGUUCCCCAAGCAGUCUUGCAAAUCUUGGCAGAAAAGUUUGCCGAGUAUGAACGUCGCAUAGAAACAAUCGAUCACGAGGCAGAAUAUCAAGCAGUCAUUUCAGGUCUUGAAAAGCGGCUUAAAGAUUACGAGAGAACGGCGCACAAGAUGUACGAGUCACAGCGUGCUGCACUGCAAGAUCGUUCUCGAUUCGAGGCUGAGAAGCGUAAAAUUGAAACUGCCAUGCAGUCUGCGGCAAAUCAGUCCGAGAGAGAAGCCGAAAAAGCAAAGAAGAGGAUUCUAGAGUUGGAGGCUACUGUGGCACGGCUUACAGAAGACCCCAAUACCUCUGAUCCAAAGGAUACACCUUUGGCGAAAUCCGAAAGCCUCUUACACGAAGCACAGGCUAAGGUUGCUGUCCUUGAGAAGCGCCUAGAAAACGCCCACAAGGACGCAGACUAUAUUCGAAGCUUGUAUCAAGACGCAGCCGAUACGGCUUCUGGAUUGAAAUCAGAAAACAACCAGCUGAGAAGCCAGAACGAGGACCUAGGUAAAAAGGCUUCCGAGAACUUUGCUCAAAUCCAUGAAAUCCAGGAGCGAAAUACUACCAAGUUGUAUCUUGAGCAGAUUACAGAGCUCAAGUUUCAAAUCAAAGAGCGAGAGAUAGAAUUAGAUCGUGCUCGUGAGGAGCUACGACAGCUCAAGAACGGGCGGCGGGAGACUCGACAGUCUAGCGUACCUCGGAGUCCACGCAUGGGUAUGAUGAGUCCACGGACAAUUUCCCGAGCAUACGGAGGUCCAGCUAGCAGAGGGGCUAGCCCGGCUGCGGGAGCUGGCAUCGAAGGUAUGCAGUUUUAUGGCCAGCAGCCAGGAAAUGGCCGAUGGGAUCAUUUAAGAGGAUAGUGAGGACUAGAGGUGGGGGUAUGUUUGUGACAUCUAACUGCGAUUGAGGACCAGAGUGGACAUGCAACUUAUGUCUUUUUUUUUCCUUCUUUUUCUUUUUUCAUGUUGAGUUGUUUGGUGCUUCGUUAGGUGCUUCGUUCGGUGCUUGGGGCUGGGGAAGAGAGCGUUGUAUCUCCAGGCUCUGUCUCUCUCUCUCUCUCUCUCUCUCUUUUGUUUUGUCUCUUUUUUUAUCUCGUCUUUUUAAGGGGUUCACCUUUUUCUUUGUCUUUCGUUUGCGUUUCAACAGGGUAUUGGUCAAAGGUAGCUUACCUCACUGCAGGGUUUAAGAUGGAUACAUACAUAAAAAUGGUAUAAAGGAAGGUUUGCUCAGGGCAUCAUCAUAUAAGAGCCAAUAUGCAGAUCUAUGUAGCACGCGCUAUUAACAAAUCAAUUUACAGAGUAUUGGGGUGUGAUAUUUACAGACCAAUCAAAAAAUACCACACAGUGGAGGGC